AUGGACCAAGUAGCCACACCAACCCGAUCCCAAGCCGGAACGUCCAGCGUUCCCCCUUCCCGCCCCACCUCCCCUCCAACAAUCUCUAAGGCCUCAUCCGGUCCAGCAGGCGCACCUGGCCGGAACGACGAACAUCGUCGGGCCCGACGGGAACAGCUGCGGAACUUUUACGGACUCAAAUAUGGUGCUGGUGCGGGCGCGGCGGGACCAUCAACCCCUAAAGAGGGCGAUGUGCUAGAUAUCGAUUCCGGGGCGUUUGAUGCGGGGGCGUAUUAUCAGGAUCUGAUACAGAAGUCGAGUCUGGCGGAGUUGAUGAAGAAGGCGGUGGCUCUGAAUGCUGAAAUGGGAGACUUGCAGUCUUCAAGACAUUCUUUGGUAUAUAAUCACCAUCACAAACUCUUCUCCGCCGGCGACGCAAUCCAAGUCCUCAAUACCCGCACACCCCAGCUCAUCUCCAUCGUCACCUCGCUCCAAGACUCCUUCUCUUCUAUAUCGCAACUGGCAGACUCGGUUGCUCUCCCGGACCUCGAUACUCCUGCUUCUACUACCCGGAAAGACGAAGAAGCAGCUGAGCAAGGGCUGGAAGAAGGGGACCGGGCGAUACGGCGGAUGAGGCUGAUGCGGACCGCCGAAUUGCCAGUCGAGACGAUACGAGCUGUGUUGGAACGCGUGGAGGCGGGCCUGGAAGAGAAAGAGCGAGCAGGCGAUGUAAGAGCGGGAGCCAUACUGCGGGAAGGGCGACAGAUGCUUCCUUCUAUUCCUCCAAUAGAAGAGGCACCAACAGCGUAG